AAUCUCCAAACAAGACUGCAUUUAUCGCUAUCAUACUCGUAUUUAAAUAAUGAUAACAUUCCUUAAUGUCGCUUCUCAUUAUGCGAACGUCUACUCUGAUUUAUUUUAUUCAUUAAAAGUUAUGCCUUGGUUGUGUUGUGGUUAGAGACUGAAGUAUAUAAGGCGAAUUUCUAACAAUGGAAUUAGUCCAGACCAAUGAAAAAGAAAGCAACGUUUUGAUAAGAAUAAAUGAUCUCACAGUAUGGACUAAAGAAGAGAAAUCUUGGUGGACAAGGAGACCAAGCAGAUCAAACAGUUUAAUAUUGGAUAAUGUUUCAGGCUGUAUAAUGGAAAAUGAAUUUGCAGCGGUUAUUGGUCCAAGUGGUGCUGGUAAGACAACGUUUCUGGUGGCGCUAGCAGGCAAAACAAGGUUACCUUCAGAUGGUAUGGUGACUGUCAGAGGGACAGAUAUCAAAGAUUUGCCAGGGAUUGUGGAGAUGGUGCCCCAAUUCGAUGUCUUUGUCGAAAAGAUCACUGUCAUGGAACAUUUAGUAUUUAUGAUAGAAAUGAAAAUUGGUGACUCAAAAAACCCUAUUAACUGCACUAAACUAAAUGCAUUGCUCAAGGAACUGAGGCUAUCUUCUCUUAAAAAUACAUCAAUUGGUUGUUUGUCUGGAGGUGAAAGAAAGUUGCUGUCACUUGCCACAUCACUCCUAUCAGAUCCACAGAUACUGAUAUGUGAUGAGCCCACCACAGGACUAGACAGUUACAACGCAUUUCUUGUCGUUGAAUCUCUGAGGAAUUUGGCAUCGUCUGGUAGGGUUGUGGUCUGCUCUGUGCACCAACCGUCCUCAGACUUGUUCAGGGAGUUCAACUCUAUUAUGCUCAUGGCUCAGGGGAAGCUCGUAUUCCAUGGAUCACAUGAUGAAUGUAGGGAGUUAUUUAAGAGUGUCAACCUGAAUUGUCCAAAGAACUAUAAUCCAGCAGAAUAUUAUAUUCGAUCUGUAUCGGGUCUGAAUUCAGACAGCAAUGUGGGGAGACUAUUGUAUUCCUUCAAGGAGCGCUCCCAAUGUAAAACUGACGAGGAGACCAAAGCCAUUCACACUCAGACCCAUCGAAGAAAUUGGUUCAAACAAGUACAUCUGUUACUGUGGAGGACAUCUUUAACCUUAAAACGAGAUAUGCGAAGUGAAAUAUACCAGCUGCUCUUGGGAGUGAUUAUGUCUUCCAUCGUAAUGGGCACCUGCUACGUGGGAAUUUCGGGAACCACCCAGCGUGGGAUCCAGGAUAUUCGAGGUCUCCUAUGGCUGAUGACCAGCGAAGUGUCCUUCUCCGUAUCUUACUGUGCUCUGUAUGUCUUUGAGACUGAUUUGACUUUAUUCAGAAGAGAAGUUGGCUUGUACAGUUGCACGGCUUAUUUUGUCACUGCGUUUUUGCGAUUUGUUCCUAGAUGCGUGGUGUGGCCUAUAACGUUGGUGUUGAUAGCAACCCUGGCGGUGGACCUGCCUGAGCAUUCUCUCACUGCUGUGGAAUUCAUUGCAGUUCUAAUUGUGACUGCCCUUAGUGCUAGUGCUUAUGGUCUGGGCAUGGGAGCCCUAUUCUCCUCCACGGGUCUGAUGAGCGAUGUGAUGCCGUGCGCCGACCUGCCCCUGUUCCUCAUGUCAGGCGCUUUCCUGCGGCUCUCCUCGCUUCCCAGGUGGCUGUAUCCAGUUAAAUACGUCUCCCAUUUUUAUUACGGGAUGGAUGCUGUUAGCAACAUUUAUUGGAGGAAGAUUGGGGAGAUCGACUGCCCUUCCAAUUCCACUCCGCCUUGCGUCAGAGACGGUGACUCAGUACUAUCAGAAACAGGAUACUCAGAAAACUUUGUUCUUCAAGACUCCCUGGGUUUAAUACUAGUUAUAGUUAUGUGGAGUCUACUAGGUUACCUCGGGUUGAAGCGAGAGGAGAAGAAAGGAUACGCCUAUUGAAAUGUUAAAGUAUUUAUUAAUAAAAACAAAAAAGUAGUAAGAGCUUUUUGCUUCAGAAAUUAGUUUCAAUAUUUUGUACUAUUUUUUCUUUUCUUUUUUAUGAUAUUAAAAUGCUACUAACCUU